AUGGAGAACCACAGGGCCACGGUUGCCUACAAGUCCUUGCGGACGAAUUUUGUCAAUUUACCAUCAUCUGCCAAUGGGGUUCUUAACAAUGCUAAUAUCGCACCUCAGGAUGUGAUAAUAGAGGUGGUGACACUGUCGGGAUCAAAAUAUUACCUUGGAUGGAGUGGUAUGGGUUCAGGCUCUCCUAGAAACUUUGAUCUUGAUCCUGUUGUCGCCCAGGUGCUUAAUUUAAAUGAAAAACAAGAAAUCACCUUCAAUAUCAAGCUCAAAAAUCAUGAAAGUUCGUCCAUUUACCUUGAGCCAGAAACCCCUUCUGAUUGGGAGUUGGUUGAGCUUCAUGCGGGCGUUUUGGAAAACGUCUUGAUCUCUCAGGCACGAGCAGCUGCUGUGGGGCAGAAAAUUGUUGUUUUCCCCAGUAAAACUUCAUCCGCCAAGUUGAUCAUAACAAGUAUUGGUUCUGAGGAUCAUUCAUUCGUCAAAAUUAAUCCUUUUGCAGAAAUUGCUGUUGCUCCCAAAGAAAGAGAGAAAAGAGCCAGCUCUGUAUCCGGUAGAUCCAACAGAUCCUCAAGAAGUGGUAAAAGAUCGACAGAAGACUAUUCAAAUCUACCAUCUGUUUUGAAAAGAGCAAUCUCUUUACCUCAUAAUUUAUUUGAUCGUCUCCCUCCUAAUUCUAACCCUGAUGGAUACGAGAUUUAUGCUAAUUUGAAUGAUUUCCCCCCAGCUUUCAGAAAAGCGGAUUAUGUUGCAACAUCUAUUAUUGCUGGUCCUGAUCAAAAGUAUAAUACUGUGACUCCAUCUCAAUCGCAAUCGCAAACUCAAUCGCAGCCGCAGACUCAAACUCAGUCGAAUGAUCAAGAUAAAUCGUUUGUUCCAAUUAAGGAAAAUAAGCGGGUUGUUGCAAAAAUAAUUGAUUGUAAAGACUGUCUUCCAAAUAGCAUUGGUGUUUCAUAUAAGUUGGCAGUUGCUUUGAAUACUGAAUUCAAAACAGGUUAUAUGGCAUUGUUAAAGCCUGCCGUUAAAAGUGUUCCUAAAAGACCUUCAACUCUCAUUGUGCAUCCGUAUAUCACUCAAACAAAGAAAAACAAUCAAAUUAGUUUAAAUUCGUCGGAAAAGAAAGAUCAAGAAACUAAGCUAGCUCAGCAAUUAUCAGAUUUCUUAUAUAAUAAGGUCUCUCCAAUGUCACUGUCUCCAAUAACAAAUUAUAUCAAACUUCCAAUAAUUCCUCAUUUGUUACCAAAUGGAGGGCUUUUAAAAUUUAAAAGAUCAGACGACGUCAAUGCUUGGAUAAAGCCUUAUGAUCUCGAGAAUAAAAAGCCUCCCAAAUUUGAAGUUGGGGAAGAUCUUUUGAGAAAUGCCUCAUUUAUAGAAGAAAGCCAGUCAAAUUCUGAUGAUGAUAUCGAAUCUGCCAUUGGUAUGGAUACUAUAAUCAACGAAAUUGUUCAGUCGAUAAGUACUUUUAGAAAUUCCGGUACUUUGGUCCAUGGAAACCUGGGGAGUGGUAAAUCUCUUCUUUUACGUAUAAUUGGUAAAGAAUUGAAUUCUAAAUAUGGAUAUCAUACCAAGUUUGUCUCCUGUGAAUCAAUAAUGAAUGAAAACUUCAAUAUGUUGUCUUCAAAUCACUUUACAAAAUGGUUUCAAGAAUGCUCAUGGCAUAAACCUUCUUUACUUAUCUUAGAUAACCUAGAUAAAAUUUUGUCCGCCGAGGUUGAACAUGCUGAUUCAACAAAUUCAAAACAAUUAACUGAGUUUUUUAUUUCACAAUUACUGAGGAUUCAGAGUCAAAAUAACAGUAAUGUUUCAAUCAUUGUUUCUGGAAUAUCAAAAGAAUCAUUUAAUGCAUUCUUGUUUCAAUCCCAUUUAGUAGAAAAUUUCCAUCAUCUUCGUGCUCCAGAUAAAGGAACUAGAGCUGAAAUCUUAAACACUUAUAUACAAAAGUCUCUAGGCUGCACCAUUGAUUUCGACAUUAUGGAUAUGGUCUCAGAAACUGAAGGUUAUUUACCAAAUGAUUUAAAGAUCUUAUGCGAAAGAAUGUAUCACGAAAGUAUUUUUAAUUCAGCUGCAGAAAAGGGAUCGGAAUCCAUAAAAUCAAUUACUAAAAACAUUUUUGAAAAAGCUUUCGAAGGUUAUACACCUUCUAAUUUACGUGGGGUCAAACUACAAAAAUCCUCAAUUAAUUGGACUGAUAUUGGGGGGCUAAAAGAAGCUAAAAAUAUGAUGUUGGAAACAUUAGAAUGGCCAACAAAAUACGCACCAAUUUUUGCUAAUUGUCCUUUAAGGUUAAGAUCUGGUAUUUUACUCUAUGGCUACCCUGGUUGUGGGAAAACUUUACUUGCGAGUGCUAUUGCUGGUCAGUGUGGUCUCAAUUUCAUUUCUAUCAAAGGUCCUGAAAUUUUAAAUAAAUAUAUCGGUGCUUCAGAACAAUCGGUCAGAGAUUUAUUUGAAAGAGCUCAAUCUGCUAAACCUUGUAUCUUGUUUUUUGAUGAAUUCGAUUCUAUUGCGCCAAAAAGAGGGCACGAUUCUACUGGGGUUACUGAUAGAGUUGUCAAUCAAAUGUUAACUCAAAUGGAUGGUGCUGAAGGUCUAGAUGGUGUGUAUGUAUUGGCCGCCACGAGUAGGCCCGAUUUGAUUGAUUCUGCCCUUUUGAGACCCGGUAGAUUAGAUAAAAGUGUGAUUUGUGAUAUGCCAAAUUACGAAGAUAGAUUUGAUAUACUCAAGACUAUCACAGACAAAAUGAGCUUGAAUGAUGAUGUUAAUUUAGAAGAAAUCGCUAAAAAUACAAGUGGAUUCAGUGGUGCAGAUAUGCAAGGUUUAGGGUAUAAUGCAUAUUUAAAAGCAGUUCAUGUUAAAUUAUUGAAUGACGAGAAACACGCUUUGAAAGGUGAAAAUAAUAGUAGUGAUAAGAAAACAUAUGAGUUUUUCCAAGUGAAUCCUGAAAAAUUCAAGAAUACGAAAUUAAGACCUGCCGAUAGAGUGAAAAUGGUUCAACAAAUCGAACAAGUUUUUGCAGGAGAUCAAACUAACAAUGGCGGCCAUAAAGCUUCAGAUUCAAGUAACUCUAAUGAUACCUCCCUGAUUGUUCGUAUCUGCCACGCAGAUUUUUUGGAAUCCCUUAAAGAAACAAAACCUUCUAUUUCUGUUACUGAAAAACAAAAGCUUGAAAGAAUUUAUGGUCAGUUUGUUUCAGGAAGAGAUGGUAACAUGCCAGAUGGCUCCGCAAGUAACGACAUAGGUGGCCGUACCACUCUUAUGUAA